CAUCUCCCUCUCUCUCCCAGCUCGCCUUGCCUUGCAGAUCAGUCUCUCCGCGGCUCGGUCUUUCUGCAUAGGCAAUCACAGCUCCUACUUGCAGACUCAACUCUCCCUCUCGCACUGAUUGCAAUGAAUUUUCUGCCUGAAUGUAGGUCGCUUACAACCGAGAACACGAGUUUCCUUCAAAUCCACUGUUGUUGUCUUUCUUCUUGUUAUUUUUAAUUUUUCCCCCCUUUCGUGGUCGUUGCAUUCCUUUGGAGAAGCCAAUCGCUUUGGAUUCCAAAAAGGGGAGCAGGAACCGUAUGUGAAUAAUCCUGGCUGCAUGAUAGCCCGAGAGGAUUUCCUGAAAGAUUCUGGCUGUGUAAAAAAGACCCCUAUGCUUCUUCAGCUAUCCCAGUGUUAAGGAAAAUUUUCUGCUGUAACUAAAAUGACAUCAUGCUGCCUCCAGUGGGGGAAUGCUGAAGCCUUCUCAAAAAUACAACACAGUGGCUGACUGAGUGGGCUGGACUUCACUGAGAGGAGCCAUUUCACUGGGGCAGUGGAAUAACUGUGGAUCUCUCGCCACUCCACUUGUCGGGAAGUGCUGUGUGUUGCCAGGAUUAAUUCAACACUGAAGUCUGGGAUGGGCCUUAGGGGCAAACACUCCCUUGGUUCUUCUGACAUUGGGAUUUGUCUACAGCCAGUCAGCUGAGGCACCUACUACACAUCAACUUUUGUUUUUUUGUUGUCUGAACAAAGAUACAUUUUCCCUCCCUUCAUCUCCUUUUGACUACUUUUUUUAUUAGUUUUCAUUUUCCUUGACUGAAUAAUUUCUCCUGGCUGUGGAAAAAAGAGCCCUGCUGAUGUUGAUUUAAAUAAUGUCGAAACCAAUGGGACUCCUAUGGCUGCCUUUGAUCUUCACACCAGUGUGUGUCAUGUUGAAUUCUAACUUCCUCCUGUGGAUAACUGCACUGGCUAUAAGAUUUACUCUCAUUGAUGGCCAAGCACAAUACCCAGUUGUUACAACGAAUUAUGGCAAAAUACGUGGGUUAAGAACACCUUUGCCUAAUGAGAUCCUUGGUCCAGUGGAGCAGUACUUGGGUGUUCCUUAUGCUUCCCCUCCAACGGGAGAAAGGCGGUUCCAGCCCCCGGAGCCGCCGUCGUCCUGGACGGGUGUCCGCAACGCCACGCAGUUUGCUGCUGUGUGCCCGCAGUACCUGGAUGAGAGGUCACUGCUCAACGACAUGCUGCCAGUGUGGUUUACAGCCAAUCUGGAUACUGUGGUGACAUAUGUUCAAGAUCAAAAUGAAGACUGUCUGUAUUUGAAUAUCUAUGUGCCCACAGAGGAUGGAGCCAACACAAAGAAAAGCGCAGAUGAUAUAACCAGUAAUGAUCGUGGUGAAGAUGAAGACAUUCAUGAUCAGAACAGCAAGAAACCUGUUAUGGUCUACAUCCAUGGUGGAUCUUACAUGGAGGGUACUGGAAAUAUGAUUGAUGGCAGCAUUCUCGCAAGUUAUGGAAAUGUCAUUGUUAUCACUAUCAAUUACAGGCUGGGGGUUUUAGGUUUUUUAAGUACUGGGGACCAAGCUGCAAAAGGCAAUUAUGGAUUGCUUGACCAAAUCCAAGCUUUACGUUGGAUUGAAGAAAAUAUUGGAUCUUUUGGAGGAGACCCGAAGAGAGUUACUAUUUUUGGAUCUGGGGCAGGAGCUUCCUGUGUCAGUCUCCUGACACUCUCCCACUAUUCAGAAGGUUUGUUCCAAAAGGCAAUCAUACAGAGUGGAACAGCCCUGUCCAGCUGGGCAGUGAACUAUCAGCCUGCCAAGUACACUCGGAUAUUGGCAGAUAAAGUGGGCUGCGACAUGCUGGAUACCACUGAUUUGGUUGAAUGUCUGCGGAAUAAGAAUUACAAAGAACUCAUUCAACAGACUAUCACUCCAGCCACGUACCACAUUGCCUUUGGGCCUGUGAUAGAUGGAGACGUGAUUCCAGAUGACCCUCAGAUUCUAAUGGAGCAAGGGGAAUUCCUUAACUAUGAUAUAAUGCUGGGUGUGAAUCAAGGGGAAGGUUUGAAAUUUGUGGAUGGCAUUGUAGACAAUGAAGACGGUGUUUCUCCCAAUGAUUUUGACUUUUCUGUCUCCAAUUUUGUGGACAAUCUCUAUGGCUAUCCAGAAGGGAAGGACACACUGCGAGAGACCAUUAAAUUCAUGUACACUGACUGGGCAGACAAAGAAAAUCCCGAAACAAGACGGAAGACCCUGGUUGCUCUAUUUACAGACCACCAGUGGGUUGCUCCAGCUGUUGCCACGGCUGACCUGCAUGCCCAGUAUGGAUCUCCAACAUAUUUCUAUGCAUUUUAUCACCAUUGCCAAAGUGAAAUGAAACCCAGCUGGGCUGAUUCAGCUCAUGGUGAUGAAGUCCCUUAUGUGUUUGGGAUUCCUAUGAUUGGUCCCACAGAACUGUUCAACUGCAACUUUUCCAAGAAUGAUGUCAUGCUUAGUGCAGUGGUUAUGACAUACUGGACUAACUUUGCCAAAACUGGAGAUCCAAACCAGCCUGUUCCACAGGACACAAAGUUCAUCCACACAAAACCCAACCGCUUUGAAGAAGUAGCCUGGUCCAAAUACAAUCCUAAAGACCAACUUUAUUUACACAUUGGCCUGAAACCCCGAGUUCGUGAUCACUAUCGAGCAACCAAAGUUGCUUUCUGGUUGGAGCUGGUACCACACCUUCACAACCUGAAUGAAAUAUUUCAGUAUGUUUCCACCACAACUAAAGUCCCCCCUCCUGACAUGACCUCAUUUCCGUAUGUGACCCGGCGUUCUCCUGGGAAAUUAUGGCCAGCCACCAAACGCCCAGCAAUGACACCUGCCAACAAUCCCAAACACUCGAAAGACACCCAUAAAACAGCUCCAGAGGAUACCACAGUUCUGAUAGAAAACAAGAGGGAUUACUCCACAGAGCUGAGCGUCACCAUUGCUGUGGGGGCCUCCUUGCUGUUCCUCAAUAUUUUAGCUUUUGCUGCGUUAUAUUACAAGAAGGACAAGCGGCGUCAUGAGACUCACAGGCGCCCCAGCCCCCAGAGGAACACCACCAAUGACAUAGCACACAUACAAAAUGAGGAGAUCAUGUCCUUGCAGAUGAAGCAGCUAGAACAUGACCACGAGUGUGAAUCGCUGCAGGCCCACGACACACUGAGACUCACCUGUCCUCCUGACUACACGCUCACUUUGAGAAGGUCCCCAGAUGACAUCCCGCUAAUGACACCCAACACCAUAACCAUGAUUCCAAAUACAUUAACAGGAAUGCAGCCUUUGCAUACUUUCAACACUUUCAGUGGAGGACAAAACAGUACAAAUUUGCCCCAUGGACAUUCGACCACUAGGGUAUAGCUCAGCCCUUCCCCAUCUACCCUCACAAGCCACUUGGAAGAAAGAAAAAAGAAAAAAAAAAAGAAAAAAAAAGAAGAGGAAAAAGUUAUAUACCAUCCAUUGAACACCUUGUCAAAAUGUAAAGUAAAAAUAAGUAAAAGAGAAGGACAGUCAUUAUUUUCUUACUGAUCCUUCCCACAGAAACUCACUGAUGUUAAAGAUCAACUACAAACCCUGUGAAAUGUGAAAAGUGUACAUUGCUGUUACAAUACUGCUUUAAGAUCUCAGCCACUUUGAUUGAAAGUUGGGGCCAGAAGAAGUAAUUUAAAAUGGUGUUGUAAGCGUAACAAGCAAAGCAGAGUCUUCUGGAAGACAGAGCCAGUGACUGUACAGGUGUUUUGUUUUGGUUUUUUUAAAAUAAAUAAAAUUAUAAAAAAGA